GUCUGGUGGGAGUGUUCGAUCUUUCGACUCCGGCUUCAUAGCACGUGUACAAUGGGAUCUUUAAACAUGUUUAGUGUAAGGAAAGAAUAUUUUUGGAUUCUGUUCUUCUAUGCUGCACUGACUGAUGGCGCCGUCCGCGAGUCCUCGGUGUGCCAGGUCAACAGCACGGGCGCCAACGAGAGCUCGGGCAUCAGCAUCAGUACGCCGGUGCUCAUGAGAUGCCCAGGACCCCACGACCCGCUCAACCACACCGCCUGCUGCUACAACGGCGAGGGCGAGGAGGAUCAGGAGGAGGAGAGCCAGGGCGGCGCGAGAUGUUGCGUGCCGCCCGCAGUGCCUGUGGGAGUUUUCUAUAUCGAUGAUCAAUUAGCGAUGAUCAUCGCCCUGAGCGUGACCACAGUGUGUGUCAUCAUCACUAUUAUCAUCAUCGUGUGCUGCUUCUGGUCGCGGUGUCCACUCUACACGGCUUGCCGGAUCCGGUACCAUCAGGAUGACAUCAUCGCCUACGCCUCGAAAGAUGAAGAAACAGCGGGUUUAAAUGAUAUGCCACCUGAAGAAACAAAAGGUGUCACCAUCUAUUCACCAAAUGCUGUCAAAGUUACGAUGAAAGAUGAUGUCUAGUAAUACUUAAGAUGAAAAUAACAAAAUGACUCAUACUGUUCUCCACACAGAAGUACAGUAGAGUUACAGCUGUAUUUUUAAUGGUAAAUCCAUAGCGGCAGCAUGCCAGUAAGAUAAUUCUGAAUUGCCAAGUUUGCAAUUGUCUUCUAAUAAACAUGGAAUCAGUAAAUAGAAUGAUGCAUGUUGCAUUCACAUCUGUUUUUGAGUCAAGCAUUAUGUUGCAUCAAAUAAUCCAAGAUUUAUGAGGUAUCUUCUGUUUUGUGAAUAGAAAAGAAAUACUUUGUUUUGUGUUAUGUUUUGAAUCAGUAAUUGGAAGCUGGGUUUUGUGACUUUUUUUAAUACAUCGAAAUACAAUACAUAUGAAUGAUAAAUCAUUUUCUUUUUAGAAUGUCACAUGGAAUGUAGGAUAGAUCUUAUUGAUAAUAAUAUUAAUAAUUCUUAAACCAGUAUCAAAAGUGUUUUAAUUUUACUGAAUGAAGAAUGAUCUUUGAUUUCAUUUUUAAAAGCUGGACAUCCAUUGUUUAUUUAUGUGUUUAUGUUUGAAGAAUGUUAUUUUGAUUUAGUUUAUAGCAGCCAAGUGUACUGAGAACAUCUUCCCUGUAAGAUGGAACACAGCUUUGUAUCAUUUUUUCUAUUUCUAGAAAUUCACUUGGGUGCAUGUUGAUAUAAAAAGAUCAAACUUCAUGUCCAAUAGUAAAAUUUUCAAAUAUGUUAAAGAAAAUAAUGUGUUGAAAUAUGAAUCCUGCAAUUUUAUGUUCUUUAAAAAAAAUCAAGAUAUAGCGCAUAUAAUUAUGUAAUUCUUGAGCAUUGCAGACUUAUGACCACAAAUUGACAAAUUUAUAUUUUGGGUACCCAGUUGGUGGGAGAAGUAUUUACACUAUUAAUUAUAUAACUUUAAGUAAUAUCUUUGCUUGUAAUUGAUAUAUGGUGGUUUAAUAUUGUAUGAUUACACAAUACCAUUUAUCAAAAUUAUGUUUUUAUUAUUGUUUUUCAUAUUCAAAGUUUGUAAUUUUUUUAUUUCCGUAGAUAUUCCAUGGCGGAAAUCUUAUGAUCUGUACUUAUAGGACUGUGACAUCAGUAACAGAAUAUUAUUUGAAAAUAAUCAUCAUAUAUAUAUAUAUAUAUAUAUAUA